CCCGAAACUUGAAGCGCACCGAGAGAUAGUUAUUUUGUUUUUUAAUUUUGUGAACAAUUGGGAUUUUUUCAAAAGUGCGCAACUGCGAAAAGUGUAUUUUAGAGUGCAACUUGCGAAAAGUGUAUCCGGUUUGUGAUGUUGGACACGAUGAUUUGCCACAGAAAUCUGCAUUCUUUGAUUCCGGAGAAUAGCCUUAUAGUGAGCAGGAAUAAUUUGAAUUUUUUAAAACAACCCUAUGGAGGAGGUGAACAACCGCCAGUCGUCAGAGCUGCUACCCAAUUGAGAAGGGAUUCCUCAACAGCAAUCGUCGACGUGCAGAGUAUUUACAACCAGAGUCAGAAGCAAUUUAUCAAAUCUGUUAAUGUAACUGAAUCCGAUGGUCUUCUGCGCAGUUGUGAAAGAGUCGAGACGAGUUGGUGGAUAACAAUUGUAUCUAUAGCAAAAGAUUGCCAAAGUUCAAAUGUUAUUCUAAACUAUUCAGAGAAAGGGGUUUACCUGAAAACUAUCAAAAUUAUAGCUCCAGGGGAGCCAUUACUUAUGUGGUUCACUGAAAAGAUUCUUGCCUUGAUGAACAUACCUUUCCUUCUGCCGAAACACAUUCAAGGUCAAAACAGGUAUACAUGUGACAUCUGCCACUUUGACUUCGAGUUCCCAAAUCCAUUGAAGCUUCAUCUAGCUCUCAGAUGCAAUCACUUUGACCAGAAUUAUCUCUGGGCUAAACUAGCGAGAGAUUUUGAAACGUUCCAACCACGAUUGAGUCUAAAUCUCUUCCCACCGCUACCACCUUUCAAGUUCGAAUUAUCAGCUUCUCCGACUUCUCCACAAAUCUCUCCAACUGAAAGUUAUGCAAGAUAUCCAACGGAAACUUUUCCCAUGAGAACACCACCAACGAUGACUGAAAUCUUGAACAACAGUGCCAAUAUCAGUAGUCCAACACCAUCUCAAGGAUCACCACAAUCUGGAAACGAGACUUCACCUGUUCUGGACUAUUCUCAUCGCAAAUCUUUGGGGAAUCAUCACUCUGCUUUUAAGCCUUAUAGCAAUCAGCCAAUCAUCCAACCUACUCAUGUUGCGGAAAGAAAGGAUCUGAUUAUGAAUUCUUAUGAGGGAAUUCAGGGACCAGCUUUGACGCCGAUUCCAUCAAUGACUGUCAAUCAGGCCGCGCAUAUUGAAGCUGUUUAUAGCAAUUUAGGAAAAACGAAAAAGGGGCACAGAUGUGGUUUCUGUGGGAAGGUGUACUCCCGAAAGUAUGGCCUGAAAAUACAUAUCAGGACCCACACGGGGUAUAAACCACUUCAGUGCUACGUUUGUCACAGACCUUUUGGGGAUCCGAGCAAUUUGAACAAACACGUUCGUCUUCAUGCUGAUGUGGAUCGGGAAACACCUUACAGGUGUAAUAUUUGUGGAAAAGUGCUCGUAAGGCGAAGGGAUCUGGAAAGGCACAUUAAAUCCAGACACCAGCGGGAAAAUUCGAGCCAUCUUUCGGAAACAUCCUCCGAUGAUUUGGAUGUGUAGGCCUAGAUUUUUGUAAAUUGGUAACACAAUUUAUCGCACCGUCCUUUAAAAAAAAACUAUGUCAAGCUGAAAAUAGGAAUCCAAUGACUUUGAUACAAAAAUUGGAUUUUUAACUCGAAUUGAUCGAUUUAAUGCAGGGAAAUGAUGUUCAAGGUCAUGUAUCACUUAACCGAUUUCUUCUUUACAGAGAUUCUUUUGCAACAAUUAACGUCCCCGAAAAUUUAGAUACCGACAUGAAAAUUUGGAAAUUGAACAAUACUAAGAAAUGCGUAUUGCGCUAAAUUUCUAGGAUUACAAACAUAUAUUUUUUUAAUUUUUGGAUUUUUUUGUGUUUCGAGAAAUUGGGAGCACACAUUCUUUCAUGUCUUAUACAAUUUCUCAACAUUUCAACCCGAUAUCUCAAUUUUUGUGAACGUGAGCUAAUGCGAAAAAAUUUCUGUAAUG